AUGUCCCAACAUUCCUCCCCUCCAAACAAGCGCCAGCGAGUUGACGAUGCCGACGAUUUAGGCGGCACUAGCGAACCAGUCACUACGCGUAGCCCCAGCUUGUGGUUCGAUGACGGCAAUGUUGUUAUCCAAGCGGAAGCGACACGGUUCCGCGUGUACAGAUCCAUACUCUCCCUACAUUCCGAUAUUCUCGCGGAUUGCUUCGGACUACCGCAGCCAGAAGGAGAACCGACCGUGGAUGGCUGCCCUCUCGUUCAUCUUUCUGACACUGCAAACGAGAUCCAAGAUGUGUACGGGAACUACUCUGUGUAUGAUCAUACCAAGCCUCUACCAUUCCCCGCUGUCAGGGCCAUGAUUCGCCUAGGACGGAAAUACAACUUCACAGCCUUUCAGGAAGAGGCUCUCCGGCGACUGCAAAAGGAAUUCCCUCAGGAAUUAAACCAGUGGAACGAAAAAGAUAAAUAUGUCUUUACCUUCCUCGAGGACUCUCCUAGCCUUCUCUUCGAGCUCGUGAACUUCGCUUAUGAGAACUCUAUCCAGUCUAUUCUUCCGACUGCAAUGACCUGGCUCUGUUUACGCUAUCCGCUGGCCACGAUUAUCUCAGGUUCCAAGAUCUCUGACGAAAAGACGAUCUCACUCCUCCCAGGAGCACUAGAGAUGUGCCUCAUUGGGCGCUAUGGCCUAUGCGACGUGAUCCCAGGAUACGUCGACCAACUGGUGGCUGCAUACGCAGACUUUAUAGACCACUGCCACGAUAUUAGAGAAUGCGCUGAAAGCUUCAGGAUGUUCUUAUCGGAGGUUUUCGGCGCCCAUGCCGGCGUCAAAGGCCGAGUUGGCUCUUUUCAGUGGCAAGAUGUGGUGGAAGAUGAUGUCGUGAACAGCUUGUGCACUUCUUGUGGGCCCAAAUUAACGGACAAGUAUGAGGAGCUUCGUAUCAAUGCUUGGGAGAACGUACCAGGUUACUUUGGCUUCCAGACUUGGUCUGCCCUCAAAGAUCUUUGA